GUGGACCAGGUCAGCGUGGAGCAGCCGCUGAGCCCGAAGGAGCAGGAGUGGGCAGGGCCGGAGGCACUGUGCCCGCGCUGGCUGGACGAGGAGGUGUCUGAUGGCGAGGUCCCCGAGGACACCGGGGACCCCGACUCAGCCACCCAUGGCUACGAGUUGCUGCAGAGUGCCCUGCGCCAGGAGGGGCUGCCCCUCACCGUGGACCACACCAAGGAGCCCUGCACAGGAUUCGGUCCACUGGACAUGACUGUCUGCAUCCUGGGCUCCCCGACCGCCUUCCUGCCCGUCCUGCUGGAGGGUGGCUCCCGCUGCCCAGGUGCCAUGGUGCUGUGCCUCUCACCCACCUGGGCCAGCCGGGUGCCCUCGGAGACGUCCCCAGGCGCCUGGUCACUGCUGCUCUCCCAGGGAGUCUCCUUUGAGGCAGGGGGCCACAGCGCCCUGGAGGUGUUUGUGCCCCCCCGGCGGGCCACCUACGUGACGGGCACCUUCAGCCCCGGGACUGAGAGCAGCUGGGUGGGCGAGCUGGCCCGUGACCUCGACUGUCCCACGGGGGGAUCAGUGCCACUGGCCCAGUGGCUGGAGGACCCGGUGGCCACCCGCCGGGUGCUGGCUGCCCGUGCUGGCCUGCUCGUGCCCCCCACCCUGGCCUUUGUCCUGGGAACGGAGGGGGCCCUGCCUGAGGACCCCGCACCACCUGGGGUGCGCCUGGUGCGGCUGGAAGACCCCCAGGGCCAGGAGAGCCUGGUGCGGGAGGAAGUGGGCACCUUCCUGGGGGGCACUGCCAUGAAGCCCUACAGCCAGGUGGCGGUGCGGCCGGCAGGGUGGCGGUGGCGUGGGACAGGCACUCGCAGCACCCACGGGAAGGCGGAGGGGGCGGCGGUGGCGGCGGCGGUGGUGGCCCGGCUGAGUGGGCUGCAGGAGGAGGAGAGCGUCCUGCUGGAGGCCCUGGUGCCCACCGCCCGCCUGCCCGCGCCCCCCCCACGCAGCGCAGCCCCGCGGCUGCCCGUGGCCCUGCGCAUCUGCACCGUCGUCUGCCGGUCCUGGGGGGACCGGCCCCAGCUCUGCCAGGUGGCAUGCGGCAUGGGGCGCGCGGAGGCGCCGGUACGGCAUGGGGAGGCGCUGCCCCUGGGCCUGGACUCCAGCCUGCAGCAGUGGGGCCUGGCGGACCCGGGGCACCGGCAGGCACUGGCGGAGCGGCUGCGGGGGGCUGCUGAGGAUGCCAUGGCCGCCCUCCUGGCCGCUGAAGCCGAGCUGAGCCCCGCACAGCGUGGUGGCGCCCGCGCCCGCACCGACAUCCUUGGUGUGGAUUUCCUGCUGUCAUGUGUGGAUGACACCCUGGAGCUGGUGGCCCUCUCUGCCAACUGCCAGCGGUGCUUGGAGACCUGCCUGCUGGCUGAGGCCAUGGGGCGCGACGUGGGGGAGCCUGCUGGUGACCUGCCCCGGCUGCUGGCAGAAGCCCUGCUCCACCGGGCACAGUGCCACCUGGUAGAGGGAAAGGACAUCCUACUCAUCGGGGCCGGCGGCGUCAGCAAGAGUUUCGUUUGGGAAGCAGCCCGCGAAUAUGGCUUGAGGAUCCACCUGGUGGAGUCAGACCCGGAGCACUUUGCGGCGGGGCUGGUGCAGACCUUCCUGCCCUACGACAGCCGGGAGCACCAGCGCGACGAGGAGCACGCUGAGCGGGUGGUGGAGCUGGUGCGCGCCCGGGACCUGCGGCCCCACGCCUGCCUCUCCUACUGGGACGACUGCGUGGUGCUGGCGGCGCUGGUGUGCCAGCGGCUGGGGCUGCGCGGCAGCCCGCCCGCUGCCGUCCGCCUGGCCAAGCAGAAGAGCCGGACCCAUCAGCACCUGCAGUGCUGCCGCCGUGGCCGCCCGCCACCCGCCGCCUUCGCCGUGCCCUGCCGGCGGCUGCGCAGCCACGGGGACGUGGAGCGGGCGGCGGGUGUCGUCCCCUUCCCCGCCGUGGCCAAGCUGGAGUUUGGGGCGGGCGGCGUGGGCGUGCGGCUGGUGGAGAGCGCCCGGCAGUGCCACGCGCACGCCGCCCGGCUGUGGCGCGACCUGCGUGCCGACACCGACUACCCGGGCAUCGGGCUGGGCUGGGGCAACGCCAUGCUGCUGAUGGAGUACGUGCCGGGCACCGAGCACGACGUCGACCUGGUGCUGUUCGAGGGGCGGCUGCUGGGCGCCUGGGUGUCGGACAACGGCCCCACGCGCCUGCCCGCCUUCCUGGAGACGGCGGCCGUGCUGCCCUCCUGCCUGCCCGCCGACCGGCAGGCCCAGCUGGUGCGGGCGGCCCUGCAGUGCUGCCGGGCCUGCGGGCUGCUCGACGGCGUCUUCAACGUGGAGCUGAAGCUGGGCCCCGGCGGCCCGCGCCUGCUGGAGAUCAACCCGCGCAUGGGCGGCUUCUACCUGCGCGACUGGAUCCGCGCCGUCUACGGCCCCGACCUGCUGCUGGCGGCCGUGCUGGUGGCGCUGGGGCUGCCGCCCGUGCUGCCCGCCCGCCCCGCGCCCCGCGCCCACCUGGCGGGCGUCAUGUGCCUGGCCUCCGAGCACGGCCCGGCGCUGCGCCACGGCGGGCUGGCGGCCCUGCAGGGCCUGCAGCGGCGCGGGCUGGUGCGGCUCAACCCGCUCUUCGAGGAGGCGGGCGGCCAGUACGAGGAGCCCUGCCUGAGCGUGGCCUGCGCCGGGGGCAGCCCAGCCGAGGCCUGCGGGCGCCUGCUGGGGCUCUGCCAGGCGCUGGGCAUCGACUCGCCACGUUACCCCGUCGACCAUUUCCUCUCCCACUUCAAAUAG